CACAGGCUCGCACAAUAUAUCACUGGCAAAUAUCCUAGGUGCGCAGAACAGAAGACCGCCGCCGCGUCUUCAUCAAUAGGAAGAUGAAGGUUGAGCCGGACAACACCGGAGAUAAUGUCCCUCUCCUGGUGGACACGGAGACGUCGCCGGCAGAUGCAAAUUCACAAGAUGCGUCAAUACCUGGAGCGGUAUUCAACAUCUCAACUACCAUGAUCGGCGCCGGAAUCAUGUCGAUCCCGGCGACGAUGAAGGUACUGGGCUUAGUUCCGGGGUUCUUACUGAUCGUCUUGGUCGCGCUGGUGACGGAGAUCACGGUGGAGUUUAUGCUGAGGUACACGGGCUCCGGCAAGUCAACCACGUACGCGGGCAUGGUGGGCGAGUCCUACGGCAAACUGGGAUCACUGGCCGUGAAAAUAUGCAUCAUCAUCACCAACCUGGGAGUCCUUAUCAUAUAUUUUAUCAUCCUGGGAGACGUGCUGUGCGGGAAUGCGACCAAAGGAGGAGAUCAGGUGCAUGUGGGCGUACUGCAAGAAUGGCUGGGCAUUCACUGGUGGACCUCCCGCCCUUUUGCCCUCCUUCUCCUCUCUCUCUUCCUCCUGCUUCCCCUCGUCCUGCUCCGCCGUGUUGAUUCGCUGAGGUACAGUUCUGGCAUAUCAAUUCUACUGGCGCUGGUGUUCGUGGCCAUAAGCUCGUCCAUGGCCUUUUACGCGCUUUGGUCCGGCAAGACUCAAUCUCUACGAGUUUUCCCUGACUUCUCUCAAGUGUCCGUCCUCGAUGUAUUCACCACCGUCCCCGUCUUCGUCACAGGCUUCGGAUUCCAUGCCAACGUUCACCCUAUAGGAGCAGAGCUGAGAAAAGCUGGGGAUAUGAAAGUGGCGGUGCGGGUUUCAUUGAUAAUCUGCGUGGCCGUGUACUUUGCCAUUGGGUUCUUCGGAUACCUUCUGUUCGGGGACUCCAUAAUGACGGAUAUUCUGGUCAACUUUGACCAGGAUUCCAACACCUAUGCCGGGAGACUGCUGAACGACGUCGUGCGGCUCAGCUACGCCCUCCAUCUGGCGCUGGUGUUCCCCAUCAUGAAUCACACCCUGAGGCUGAACAUAGACGAGCUCUUGUUCUCCCGCGAGAACACACCCGAUCUGGCGUCCGAUACCCCUCGGUUCCUGUGCCUUACUCUGGGUUUGCUCGCCUUCACCUACGCGGUGGCCGUCGCUGUUCCCGAUAUUUGGUAUUUCUUUCAGUUCUUGGGCUCCACCACCAUCGUUUCCCUCUCCUUCAUCGUCCCUCCCGCGAUCGUUUUGAGGGAUUUGUAUGGCAUAGCGACGACAAAAGAUCGAGUCUUGGCCAUUGUGGUGAUGAUUUUGGCUAUCGGAACAAGCGGCGUUGCCAUUUGGACCAACUUUUAUGGUUGACGAGCACGCCCUUCAUAUGAUUAAUUCCAUGCCUCUGAUCGGAAAAGGGGAUUCAUAUAAUUCCACACAUACAUCUAUUGAUCAAUGUAUUUGUCUUUCGAACUUUUUUCACUCGUUACGUGUUGAUGUAAAUUUUGAGUGAAUAUAUUUAGUUUUUAUACAGCAUAAUAAUACACAUCAACGCACAGAAU